AUGACAGUUCCCACGAAUGUCAUAACUGAUGUUGCUGAAAAACCUCAAGAAAAGGUUGUUGUAACCGAUGUGCCAACCGAUGUUGAGCCACCCUCUAUACCAACUGAUGCUGAGAAGGAUGUUGAAGCAUCCAAAGGAGGUUCUAGCCCACAUGCUAACACUGCCACUGGGUCGUUUGACAGUGGAUCUAAUUCUGAAGCUUCCACUGAAGAGGAAGUAAACAAAGAAAGUACUCCUGAACAUGUGGCUGAUUCUGAGCCAGAAAAUGAAGCUGGUGAGGAUUCUGAGAAAACCACCAAUGAAGAACAGGACAUAGUGGAUGUUGAUGAUGUCCCCUCUGAAGAAGAUCUGCAACCUCCACCUACUCAGAAAGGAAUUGGGAGAAGACUGAGAAGCAGGACCACUACACCUGCACCUGCUGUUACCACUACCCCUGUUGUCACCAAGAAAACAAAGGAUACUACUCUGAAGCCUGUCAAGUAUGGUCCUAAGAAAAGUUGGAGCAAGUCUAUACCUCCUCCUGAGAAGAAAAAGGGUGUGCUGAAAAGGAAGAGUGCACCAUCAAGUGACUCUGAUUUUGAAGCUGAAAAGAAUGACUCAAGCAUCAAACCUCCUGCUAAGAAGGCUAUGUCUGCUAAGAAGGCCAUGCCUCAAGCUGCUGCUCCUGACACUGAAGACUUCCCUUGUGACAAUGUUUCAUUUCAUCUUCCAUCUUAUGCUCAACGAUGGGGAAUAAUAUGCAGAAGAAGAUUGGCUUUGGAGAGGGAACUAGGCAAGGAUAUUCUAGAGUGUGAAGAGAUUGUGAGCUUGAUCAAUGAUGCUGGAUUGAUCAAAACGGUGUGGGGCUUAGGCUCUUGCUAUGAGAAGCUGGUUAGGGAGUUUGUUGUCAACAUUCCUAUAGGGUGUGACAAUCCCUUGGACAAAGAAUUUCAGAAGGUAUAUGUUCGAGGAAAAUGUGUGACAUUCUCUCCAAGUGUGAUCAACAAGGUGCUGGGUAAUGCUGAUGAUCCUCAUCCUGACAUAGAGGUAUCUGACAAUGUGGUCUGCAAAACUAUCACAGCUGAAAAGGUGAAAACCUGGCCAAAGAAGGAGAAGGUACCUGCAGUGAAGCUGACCCAAAAGUAUGCUAUCCUGAAUCGUAUUGCAUUUGUCAACUGGGUUCCUACUACUCAUGCUUCUGAUAUUGCUACAAAUCUGGGUAAGCUCAUUUAUAUGAUUGGUACUGGUACUAAAUUUGAUGCUGGUCAAUAUAUCUUCAAUCAAGUUGUGCAGCAUGCUAAGACUUCUGUCACAAAGCAACCCAUUGCAUUUCCAACUUUGAUCUGUGACAUCAUCUUGUCCCAACGUCCUAAUAUAAGGCAUGAGGGUGAGACUGCUAAGAAAAGGGCAACUCCUCUGGCCAUUCAUCAGAAGCUGUACAGUAAACAGCAUGCUCCAGAUAUUGUUGGACCAUCAAAUGCUGCUGCUGAUACUCCUAUGACAAGGAAGGAGAUGAUUGCAAUGCUGGAAGCAAACUGUAAGGAGUUAGAUGAAAAGAAGUUGCAGUUUGAAAGAAUGAUACAUGCUCUCAGGGUUGAAGAGGCUGCAGCUCAAGUAGCUGAUGCAGGUGAUGAUGACACUAGUGCUGAAGAAGAAGCUGACUCAGAUGCUGAAGGAGAAGAAAGUGAUUCCUCCCCAAGUGCUUCUGUGUAA